GGGCCUCCACUGCCCGACCUGCAGCAGCCUGCGAUAGUUUCCAAUGCUCCACCUUCACAGACAUCGUAACUUGAUAGGCACACUUGGAACAAGGACAAGUCAGAGCUCACAUGUCAUAGUCGCCUCCUUCGCAGACAAACUUGCGCUGUGCAUGCAGCUCGACGAACGUCGGGUCAUCGUCUGCAGGAGCAGGAGAGUUCAAGAAGCUGCAGGCGAUCGCCGUCUUGCUCACCUUCUUGGAGCGGAACUACACCGUGAGAUUGCGAGGUGAAGCCGCAGGUGAGGUAGGCGACGAGCUUGUGCGCGAGCGGACGGAGGGGAGUGUGAGAGAGGAGGAUGUAGAGGGCGAUGAGAGCAGCCAAGAUGACGUGAGGGAAGGUCACUGAGUUGCUGCCUCGGCUCAAGAAGCUGUAAAGUGCUUG